AUGCCUACCAGGACCAUGGACUUGAGCCUGCGAGAUGCUCUGGGUGGGGUGGGGGGCGGUCGGGGGGGCCUGGCGCCCGGGGCCGGGGCCGGGGACGGCGUGAGGAAGAUGGACUUCAUGUCCUCGCUUGAGAAGGAGACCUACGACGACAAGGUGGGCGAGACCAUGUCCAAGAGCGACUACCGCCCCCUGCUGGACGGGAAGGACGGAGCCAAGGGCAGCGGUCCCGGGAUGAUGUCAUCGAUGAUGUCUUUGGGGGGUCGCCAGGACCCCGCUGGACAGCCGGCCUUCAGCUCUGACUACCUGUCAGGUCCGAAGAACCUGGUGGGUGGUGGGUCUGACCCGUGGAGUCAGACCAAGACCAAGGACAGCAGCGUGACUGACUCCAUGCUAGGGUUCUCCCAACCUGGGAUGGGUACAGGUCUGGGUAUGGGCAUGGGAGCCGGCAUGCCCCCCUCCUUCCAGUCCGGCAUGAGCUCCCCCAGUCCAGCUGGAUUCGCCCAGGCAGCUCCAGGUUUUGGACUGGACCCUAAGACCGCUGGCAGCACCGGGGGCAGCUCUCCACUCAAGACCUCCCCCGGAUCCGGAGUCCACUCCAUGGAUCAGUUCUCAGGGAAACCAGACAACAAGGACAAGCAGGAGAAGGUUGACGACAAGAAGGAGAAGGAGAAGGAGGUGCAGAAACAGGAGCUCCAGGACAAGGGCCUGAAGUCGGAGAAGAUCCUGAAGGAGGAGGAGGCGGUGAAGGCAGAGAAGUCGCUCCUGGACAGGAACGAGAAGAUGGGCGAGAAGAUCGGCGAGAAGAAGGACAAGCCGGAGAAGACCAACAAGGAUGAGAAGGAGGAGGAGAAGAAGAAGGGAGAGGAGAAGAAGGUGGAAAAAGAGGAGAAGGGCGGGAAGGCCGUGGCCAAGUCUCCCACCGCUGCUAAGGGUCUGCCCAGCCCCAAUGGGAAGAACAAGCCUGACGCGGGGUCGGCCAAACCAAACGCAACCAAAUCCCGCCCAUCCACACUUUCGACCAAUGGUGAGGCCAGCUCGGCCAAGCGCCCCUCCCCCACCACUGCCUCGGCCAAUAAAAAAAGCCCCGGUACCAAGGCGACCACUCCUACUGCGGCCAAGAAGGCUGCCAAGACUCCAGACAACAGCACAGCCGAGAAACGCCCAGCUGUGCCAAAGGCCACGCCCACUCCCCGUGCGAGCGUCAAUAAGCCCGCCUCCCCAGGUAACAAGGUGGACAAGCCUGAGGGCAAAGCCGCAGACACCAAGAAAGCUGCCACCCCUAAGACCACAGCUCCCCGUCCCCGCCCCCGCCCAGCCCCGGGCCCCUCCCCCUCCCCGUCUCAGGGCGCUGCCGCCGCCUCCAACGGCGAGCUGUCCCACCGCCGCCGGACCCUGACCAAGCCCCCCGUGCCCAAGCAGACCCCCGUGGACAAGAAGGCGGCGGCCGCGCCCCGCCCGCCCCGCACCCCCCGGCCCCUCAACACUCCCACCCCCGACCUGAAGAACAUCCGCUCCAAGAUCGGCUCCACCGACAACAUCAAGUACCAGCCCGGGGGAGGCAAGGUCACCCAGAACAGCAAGACCUCUGACUCCUCAACCCCAGCAGCCAAGCCCAGAGUGCAGAUUCUGAACAGGAAGGUUGACCUGAGCAAGGUGACUUCCAAAUGUGGCUCCAAGGACAACAUCAAACAUAAGCCAGGCGGUGGCGACGUGAAGAUUGAGUCUCAUAAAAUGAGUAUCAAGGCGAAGUCCAAGAUCGGCUCCCUGGACAAUGUGGGACUGGACCCGCCGAGCAGCGGAGCCACCAACGGGCACAAGGAGAAAGCUGAGAACAAAGCAUCCACAUCCCCAAGCACAGCCCCGACGACAGGACCAGGAAGUGUUGCCAAGGCCGGGGCGGCCCCGGGAAGCGUUGCCAAGGAGAACGGGGUGAAGGAGCCCAUGCCCAGCACACCUUUUGGGGGUGACGGACUGAAUCAGCCCCUUAGCAUGAACAAACAAAUGACUGAGACAAAUUGAGUCUCAAUGGUGGUUAACCUUUUGGCGGGAAAACUGCGCUUGCCCUCCUGCCUACAGACAACCAACCAACCAACCACGGUCCUUCAUCCUGCCCACUGCAGCACCUCAUAGUGAUUCUCUGGGGGGGUCCACCUGCCAGCUUCUGCUAAAACCCCUCCCACCGUUUGACCUUGUGGUGACCUUCGAUUGACCUUUCACUCUCCUCUGCAGUAGGGACGAAACACAUCCUGUUUAUCUGUGUUUCCCUGUUUCUGGUACCACUGUCUUCUACUCACUUAAACAACUAACAAGUAGGUUUAAACAAAACACCCUCUAAAUAUCUUCCACAGUACCCCUUUAACUCCUGACUUGUGUGCAUGUUCACACUGUCCACGGGGGAGUCAUUUCACAUACGUCUACUAGACUAGAUACAGUAAAUCCAUAUAUAACCAGUCCUUAUUCUUCUCACUGUACUCCAUGCAAACAUUUUCUCAGACACCUCAGUCACCUUUUAGUCACAGUUUUUGAGCUUCUGAACUUUGACCCCAGUUCCACUGCUGCUCAGGUGCAGAUAUACUAGUUCCCUAAAGCUCUAUAUUACACUUUAUUUACCAUUUCCUCAGUCACAAGCAUUCACUCUCUUAGACUAGUACACCACAUCUUUCUCCCCUUUGUCUCUAUGGACAAAUCAUAGUAAUUUGCCCCAACACGCUAAAGGCUAGCUAGGUAAAUAGCGACGGAGUUAGCUAAGUGGCUAACCCAUUAAGGCCAAGAAUCAGACGAGUCGCUUUGAAUCUGCACAUUCCAGUCACCAGGACAACCAGCGUUGACGUCAGAGCUCAUCUCUACUGACAUUCUCAUAGGCCUCCUUGCAUACCACUUCUGCAGCAAGCUAGCGUAGCGUAGCUGUGGUGCUGUUUACUGUUCCGCCUGUAUUUGGUUCUGUGCGUUGUGGUUUGCGCUUACAGCCAGUUGGAGACGAGACUCUGGGGGAAGAUCAUUCUUAAACUGCUUGGUCAAUUCUGAAAAACGCCUCAAUGGUCUGUUUGUUUCAAUGAGCCUUGGCCAUAGCAGGUUUAAAAUGCUUUGAGAGGUAAGAUGCACAUCAUCGCUGUGUAUCCUUUGGGUUAAGAAGAUAAGAUGAGAUGGAACUGUGUUGGUCCCAGACAGCAAAUUCAGGUGUAAUGGCAGCAAGAAUAGGCACUAAAAUAAUAAUUCAGAGACUCAACUCUCAACUAAAAACGAUAUUUAUUAAUGUAUUUAUUUUCUGUGUGUAUUCCACUAUCCACUUUUGUUCCUGGAGAUAGACAUGAGGACAGACAAACAGACAGACAGGCAGCUGCCAUUGAUGCAUUAUAGUGGCUGAGUGAGGCACUUCCUGGUGAGCGAGGCACAAAAAUGGAGCACAGAACUCUACUAGAUAUGUUGUGUGCUUUAGAUUCCUGUUUGUAAAGCCAGUGGCUGUUUUCUUCAUACAUGUAGGCCUCUUUAACAAACAGGGAUAUAGAAACAGUGAACACACAUGCACGCGCACAUAUGCAUGGAGAAUUCAAACUCAUAUACAAACACAUUGUGCACAGAGAGAUCCGCACACAUACACAGAAGCCAGACUACGUUAUAGUUCUAUAGUCAGAAUAACAGCUGCAUUGUCUCGGCUGAAUACUUGCUAACGAGUUGUGUUGUUGUGGCGUCCUGUCUAAUAUAUAAUCAACAUCACAGGUCGUCAUGACAACGACCUCUUCACGCCCGUAACCUAAAAGGCUACAGCUCUUUGGGCGGCAAUACACCCUUUUUAACCUGGCAGUGCUUACACGCGUGCAUGCACACACAUACACACACACACACACACACACACACACACACACAAACACGCACACACACACACACACACACACACACACACACACACACACACACACACACACACACACACACACAGUGACAGGAAAAACAAAAAAUGAGAGUGAGAUUUGGAUCAAAUUUGUGAGGACUGAGUUGGCUUAAAGGAAGCAUUAAGGCAAUAAUCAUAUGUUCCCAGAGACCCGUAACAUUUCAUACUCAGUUGUCCAUGUUAUUACAAUGAAGCUUCACUCAUUCAUCACUUGUCAAGUCAUGUGUAGUUAGCUGCUAGCAUAGCGCUAGCUGCUAACCUGCUUAAGGUGUACAAUUCUUGUGCUGUAUGCAAUGGCUGAAAUUAGACACUGACACAUCAAAUUUGUAGCAAUUAUGUUAAUUUUCCUCUGGGCUAUAUAUAUAUAUAUUUCGUUAUCAAAAGUGAUACGUACAGUGAUAUGUACCGUGCAUAUUUAUAGCACAGGCUAUACACUACAGUGGUGGGUUGUCUGUCUUUUUGUUUAAUGUCUCUGGAUGUUUAAAGUAAUCUUUAAAUGUGAUACUAAAAGAUUGACUGGGUGUGACCAUGGAAAAUACACCUUCACCAAAUUUAGAAAACAAUUUUGUCUUGAAAAAUAAAGAUCCAUGUUAAGAAAGAAAGAAAGGAUUUACAUAUUUUAAAACACAAUUGAUUGAAAUUACGAUUGGCUCCAUAUAAUAACAACAUUUCUCUUUUCAUUUGAACAAUUUCUGUUUUUCUCUGUACAUUGCACAAAAAACUAGUUUCACCUAUGUUCCCUAGCCUAAGCUUUAGUAAGUCAACACUGUGAUAUAAUUUUGUAGAUAAAAUCCCAUAUUUUAGUAUUUAUUUAAAACGACAUAGUACCAGCAACCCCUGAAAAUUCUGUCACUCGAUUCUAUGCAUUAUGCUUUAAAGACCGAUAGUAGCAGUUGGUUUGAUUUAGUCAGCUGUGAUUGUGGCCUCUUGCCGAAGUAGUUUCAGAUGUGUGAAGUGUUGUUGCUGGGUGCAGCCCUUAGAGGGCGCUGAUUAGCCUCUGGAACACUGAUAGUCUGGCUUUGGGGAAACAAACCGUGCAACUACCACGAUUACUCAGAACCACAGCAGGAAAAAACGAUGCUCUUCUUAGAAGCCUGCUUUUUGUUGGCCACAGCAUAAAGUGACAUUUAUUUCUGGAACCAUCAAUACUAUUCAAAUAUGAAAAUAUAUAUUAGCAAUGUACAGUACCCCAUUUGAAACUCAAAUGCCCCCAUCUUAUGUGAUAUUGAUUCUAGACAGGAUGUUGUUCCUUUUUCGAUGGACCAAGCUGCUUCCCUGUAAUUCACCAUGUUGAUGUCGGCUACGUGGUGUGAGCGUGGGCAGUCAGGAGCUAAACAGUCUUAAUCGUUCAGUUUAGAUGUAGCACUGAUAAUCAACGAGCAAGAUAUCAAAUUAAAUACAAUAAAGACUAGACGCGUACAAGCACCUUCCGAGAAUACUUUGUAAGGCGUUGUUCCUGCUAAACAAAUAUUAAUGGGUUGCUAAAAACUACAUAUAAAGCAAAUUGGUGUGACUCUUGUGAAAACAAUAAUGUGAAUCUUCUUCUAGAAGUACAAUUGGAGUAAAGGCACUUUGAAUGGUCCUUAGAGCUAUCUGUGUACAUAGACCUAGAUACAAUAGAAACAGCUGUGGUACUCUCGUGUCCGGGAGCUCUUUGUUGUACUCACCUACAGCUAAAUGGAAGGAUUUGUUUGUGUAUCCUGAAGGAUACAUUAGGUUUCCUUGUCCUCGCAUUGGUCACUGGUCAGGUUAGUGGAUGCUCAUUGGUUAGUGCUUGUGGGUGUCGUGCCAGCGGUGUCGUGCCAUUGGUCAUUAGCAGUCUGACACCUAGCUCUCCACCGUGCUCCUCCAUACUCUUUUGUUCAAGCAACAGAGCAGCUUGGAGAACCCUUGUUGACGGCCUAAGCCCCAGUAGGGGUAAAAGGCGAUGAUGAUGAUGAACAGAGCAGCUCUGGGUCCACUAACUAUGAUUUCAAAAGUAGGAUAGCCAUUAUUUUUCACCAAACAUCUAGUUAGAGAAGUUCCAGUUGGUAUAGCAGGGUCUUAUUUACUUAAGGUUAAAGUUCAACCAAGUUGGAAUUGUGCAUAUAAAGGGAGGGUUAAAAUAUAGAUUAGGGACUAGGGAUGGACAGGGAUUCUUUUUAUGCUUUAUGAGUUCCCCUGCUCUGUUACUUGGACAAAUAGGACCCCAAUGUCCUUUCACUCUGACCUUUACCGCUUUAUAAACGCCCUAAUGCGUUGUCCCUCUUACCGUCCCCUGUAUAUAGACACUACCUUGUUUUUACCACUACAGAAGUAACACAAAUAAUAAUAAUAAUAAUAAUAAUAAUAAUAAUAAUAAUAAUAAUAAAAAUAAUAAUAUAAUAACUUAAAAAACAACUGAAAAAAUCACAAAAACUUCUGUGGAUCUUGACAGGGUGUUUGUAGGUGUUGACGAAGGAGCUUAUCGUCAUGGUAACUAUAAGUAGAAAAAUCAUUCAAGGAAAAAAAUGUGAGGAAGCGAAAAACUGUUGCUUUUCUUUUUGUUUUCCGAGUCUGCCUUUUUUCCCCUGACAAGAAAAAGGGCUGCUCGAGUUUGAAGAAUGUCAAAAUAAAUAAUUAAUUGUAUUGUAUUAAAAGAUGCAAGAUGAGAUGAAAUACAUGUUUGAGGAUGUCUGUGUUCUUCACAGUGAAGUGACGGUUAAUUGCUGGAUCCCAGUGAGACAGUUGGCGAGAGAACACUGUGUGUCGGAAUACCUGCCUGGACGGAAUCAAAGUCAAAUAUGUAACUGACAAAAUCAAAUUAUUUCUUCGCAUUGAAUCAAGUUCCUUCAUCUUAAAAACGAGAAAAAACAGUCUCUCAAUUGAUAAUACACAAAUACAUUUAUAUUUCAUCAAAUUAGAUGAUGACUCAAAAUUUUCAUCAAUAUAUCACCAGUGGAAAAAAUUUCCCAGGUUACUGACACACAUUGCCUUGCCCUGAUUCCCGUCUACUGCCACCAUCCCUGUAAACACGAACGUCUACAAGUGCAUGUUCUUCUGGCCUUCGGUAGAGAAUAGACUGCUUCUUUAAAAGCUCCCAGACAUAUCUGCCAACACCAGUAGCGUUACAGAAGGAAGCCAAUUGAGUCAGAAGUUGUGUGAAAAGUAGACCAAUUGUUUACAUUAAAAAGUACAAUAAAUGCAAAACCACUCGUUCCCAGCGGCUCUCUGCGGGACAUGAGUGAGGAUCCCCAGGGAGACCGGGAUUGUUGGCUGAUGUUCCCUGGAAAACCAAAGGGUCGAUCGUACUCUCUGGGCAUCCAUCCCAAUACUUAGAAAAAGCGUUUUUCUUACUUGUCCUCCUCACUCAAUUAAACUCAAAUUACGCUUACGUGAGCAAAAUAAUAAAAAGGUAUGUUAGGCCUUACAAGACGAAGUUUGAACAGCAAAAGGGACGUUGAAGGGAAAUGUAAUGUUAUGUAGCAUCACAAGUCUAAAUUAUUAGAGCUGUAUUUUUUAUUUAGCUAAACACUAUUUGUUUCGUUGCUCACUCAUUGACUUAUCUGAUACUUAUCUUUAUUGUAAGUCGGCACGGGCAGCAGUUGGAAAUAUAAUACAAAAAUGAAAGAGGAGACAAGGAAAGGCAACUAUACUUUUCAGUAUUGUGUAACGUGCCGUAUUGUAGUAUUCUUUCGGGCCCCCACAUCAUGGCAGGAGCAUGCAGAGGAACGACUCAACAAAAUGGAGCCUGUGUCUCUGAACGAGACAGAGCUCGACCUCUCGUCCCCUCCCCCACCUUCCUCCCCCUUCAAUCUGAGAUGUAAUGAAUAUUUUGUAUGAAAGAGAUGUUCAAUGUGAUUAACUGUUUAGUGGUGUGAAUAUUAAUCAUGAAAUAAAAACAAUUAAAAUGAAGUGUGUUUGGUGCUCUUUGCUUCGCACACAAUUUGUUGAGUACUUUUGCUUACGGCCGUUACAUCUCCUCUUAAACACACAGUAACAAAAAAUAUGGAACAAAUUGUGUCGGGCAGAGCCUAAAUGAUUGACAAGCCAUGGUACAGUAGAAAUUAUAUACAUUCAAAAGUGAGUUUACAUUGAUGUGGAAAUUGAAUCAGACGAGAAUUAUCUAAAUUUGUCUCUCACCACAAAUUUUACAUAUUUUGUAGUAAAGAGUGCGCCGUUGGGCAUUGUUUUAUUUGCAUGUUUUAAUGAGUUAAAACACAGACAUUGGAAUAUACAUGGACAAAACCCCAGACCUGUCCAGCAGGUCUCGGGUUUGACAAAAAAAGGUUUUCCAAUACA